GCCAACGGAAUUUAAAUGGCGCGUUCGCAAUUUGAAGUGAAAGAAAAUGCCUCAGACGACGGUUCCACCGGCAGUCGCAAACGGAACGUGGUCGAGUGCAGUGUGGCUCAUCUGGCGUUUGUCAUACUUGGGUUCUGUGUUGUCACCACGGCUGUGGCACUCAUGGUGUACUACAUCCCGGACCGCUCGGGUAUAAUAGGUACCAAAGCGCCGAUUGAAGAACCCAAACGCACCACGACUGUGUACACCACGGAGUCCCAUCCUCGGCAAACAACACUGCCCGACUCGACUCCCACCGUACCAGCUAGAUCGACCGCAGGUCAAACCACGGCAGAACUGCCAACUGAAGACCCCCUGAUGGUGGGCCGGCUACCCCGCACUGUACUACCUCGUAGGUAUCUCCUCAACGUCCGGCCGUACCUCUACGAGAACGAUGGGCCGCUCAACAGCUCGUACACCUUCGACGGAUGGGUGCGGAUCAAAGUCGAGUGCGUAGUCCCGACGGACGAGAUCGUACUCCACUCGUACGCACUCACCGUGCACGGUGCGCCGAACGUUACGGGCUCGGACUAUGGAGACUCCGGCCAACUGCUGGACCAUUUCACGUUUGACAAGGACAACAUGUUCCUGGUUCUGAAGUUGAAAGAAAGCCUCCAGCCGCGAAAGAAUUAUGAAAUCAGCAUUGAGUUUACUGGGCUGCUAGACAAACAAGAUGUUGCGGGGUUUUAUGUCAGCGAAUAUUACACGAAUGAAGGCGCGAAAAGACUCACAGCCACAACUCAAAUGGAGGGACCACACGCCCGCCGCGUCUUGCCCUGCUUCGACGAGCCGUCUUUCAAGGCGUCUUUCGACGUCCAGAUAGAACAUCGAAGCGACAUGAUCGCCCUGUCGAAUGGAAUGGAGACUAGCACAAUACAGCUGGACAAUCACUGGUCUAGGACGUAUUUCAAGCGUGUCGGGGACAUGCCAACCUAUCUCCUGGCUAUGGUUGUGCACGACUUUCAGAAUGUCAGCGGUACGACAGAAGACGGCUGUCUGGUUCGAGUGUGGAUACAGCCUGAGUACAUUCUAAACGUUUCCACAGCUUUGGACUACGCAAUUAGGAUCCAGACAUUCUUUAAUUCCUUCCUCGACAUGAAGUAUCCACUUGAGAAGCUUGACCACAUUGGAAUUAAGAAGAUGUAUGGAGCAAUGGAGAACUGGGGUCUAGUCACUUAUGACGAAAACCUGCUGAUUGACGAAGCUGAUGAUCUGACAAUUACACACGAGGUGUCCCAUCAGUGGUUUGGCAACCUAGUGACUCCCGAAUGGUGGGACGACAUAUGGCUGAACGAGGGAUUCGCCAACUACCACCAGCAUAUUGGGAUGGACUAUCUGGACUCGGGACAGCAAGAGUAUGAGAAUUUUUAUCAGAUGACAAUGUCGGGAGCCCUUGAAAUGGACAUCAAAUAUCUGGUGGUCUCGGCCUUGAAGGAUCCAGUCUCAAGCAACGUUGACGAUAUCGAUGGCAAAAUUGUGACCUUCACCUAUGUCAAGGGUGGCUCCAUCACAUUCAUGAUGAAACAUUUCUUGUCCGACGGAGUGUUCGAGAAGGGAAUCCGUAACUACUUGAAAGAGCGCGCCUAUAAGAAUGCUAAUGUCGACGAUCUUUGGGAGGAACUGACCUACGCCGACCAAGACGUCGGGAAACACGACAUGAAGAAGAUCAUGGACACGUGGACUCUGCAGCGUGGCGCCCCGCUGGUAACCCUAAAUAGAACUGGUGACACUAUCGUAGCAACGCAGGAAAGAUUGUAUACUGGUUUCCCGCAUCACCCAGAUCCCUUUAGCGAGCGUUAUUACAUCCCCCUCACAUACGUCCACAAGUCGGAUCCGAACAACUCAAUGACAGUCUUCAUGGAGCCAGCUACCGCAGAAACGAUCGUGAAUCUUGAGGGAGCAUCUCAAGACGAUUGGUACCUAGCCAACUUCUUGCAGACCGGAUACUACUUCGUCACCUACGAUCUCCAGAAUUGGCAACGAAUUGUCGACCAGGCACAGAAAGACCCCAAUGUCUUUUCACACCUGAAUCAGAUUGGUAUGAUGCACCAGGUCAGGCUCCUUGCGAGAGCUGGUAUCGUCCCCUACAACAUAUCUGACUCUUUGAUCGAAGCCUUGAGCAAGUCCUCGCAAGGCACAAGGAAGGCUGCUCUUGAAGAUGACAUGUUGGAUCUGAGCCUACUCAGAGGUCAGAGGUCACGCAAGGUCAUCGAGCGACGCGUUUUGGAUAACAUCAAUCGUCUGUACAGUGAGAUCGGAUGGCGAGAAGCUACUACCACAGACCCAUCUACAUCAAGACGGAUAGGUGAGAAGCCUCGCUUAGACAUUACUUCAUUGGCGUGUUUCCAUGGCAACAGUGAUUGCGUCAACCAAGCGACUACACUCUUCAAGGAGUUAAUGGACAACCCACUGAUAAACAGUGCCAAGCCUGCGUUUCGGUAUCUAGUGUAUUGUAACGGCAUUCGGUAUGGCGGCCAGGUUGAGUGGGACUUCGCGUGGGGUCAGCUACUAAACACUAGCGUGGAUCGUGAGAAGACACGAUGGGCAGUUGCGCUUACAUGCUCCGUCAGCCCGACCGCCCUCACGCGCUAUAUCGAUACCCUGGAUGGCUCAUCGCGUGACCAGAAUGUAUUUAAAAUCAUCUCCGCAUUGGCAGACAAUCCUAUUGGUACGGACAUGGCCUGGAUCUACCUCCAGAAGAACUGGGAGUGGUUGUUGAGUGAAUCCUUCCAAUCCGCCUCCAAUCUUCUUCUUUCCACCGCAGCAUCUUUCAGCACUACCGAUAAACUUCAAGAGUUACUAGAUUUCGGGAACGGACGUAACUUUGGUCGAGCGCAGCAGGCUUACGACACUGCCGUGAUGCAAGCCCAUCUCAAUAUUGAGUGGGUCGCGAAGUAUGAAUCGAACCAGGAGACAAUCUCCAAAUGAGUAAAAGAAAGAAAUCCGACAAAAAUCCCAAUAUUGUGUGUUUAUAAGUAUGUUUUAUUGUAAUUCACCACCGUUGAUAUAGAUGCAGUUCCUGUAGAUAGGCUAUCGUUAACACCAGCGUGUCGUAUAAGAAAAUCAUGUUUAUUGGUUGUUUUAAGCCCGGUUCAUACUUCAUGCGAAUGCGAAUGCGAAGCGAAUUGGACGUCAUGAAACAUUCGCUGGGAAAUUCGCCCGAGUUGAAAUGUGUUCAACUUUUGCGAAUUCGCAGCGCGAAUACUUGCCAUGACGUCACAGAUUCGCUUUCGCUUUCGCGCCGAGUAUGCACCGGGCUUUAUGGUUGUAAAAGGCCUUUGUGCAUUUGUUUGUCUGAUUAUGUUAAAUCUAUGGCCCUGUUUAACGUUCAUACUGCAGCUUUUUAUGCACCAAAAAGUUAAAAUACUACUGCAUAUUAUUAUUUUAGGUUAGAUUACCACUUUGCAAAGAUAUCAGUAUUGUAGAGUUUAAAAACGUUGAUUAGGCUUAUAUAAGAUUAUUCAUGGCAGUGGGUUUUUAUGCGUAUGAAAAGAAAACCGCGAAGAAGAAAUUAUAUUAAUAGCAAUGAAAAACACUUGUUGACACUGCAGUCCUCUAUGUAUAGUUAUGAUAUAGGCCUACUGUGUGUCACUACACUUGACCCGGUCUGAAUAUUGGACUUGCCCUUCGAUAAGAGAAGUUCAAAGUGAUAUAUGGAGAACUAGGGAGCAUUUGCUCACUCGCCACUAGUGCAGCUCUGUUUACGUGGGAAGACUGGCUCAUGUCUAGGCGCUCUGAGCAAACUUUCGUUAGUAUGCGGUAAGUGUGAUGGUUAAACUUACUUCCUCGCAUCGCAUCAUAAAAUAUAGGUUUUCCUCUUUCAAAUGAAUAUAAUUUCUUCAUGGUUAAAGGCGAAUAAUUAUGUGCACUUUUU